GAAAGCCACCAGUCCAACUGCCCUCUCUUGGAGCCUUCACCUCUAUGCUAGAUUGCUAGAAGAAGACCUCAUCCCACAUCAACCCCCUCCCGAACUGACACAACCCCCCUUAACUCAUCUCUCCUACUCCUGACUGCAAGCUACCACACACUGCUGCUCGCCGAGAGAGAGAGAGAGAGAGAGUCCAUGGCCUCGACCUCGAACCCGGACAGCAUGGACACCGACCCUCCCGGCGCCGCCGCUCUGUCCAUCUCCGUGGAACACAGCCCGCCGGAGUCGCGCCUGCUCCAGCUCGGCGUCAAGUCCUGGCCCAAGUGGGGUUGCCCGACGGGGAAGUUCCCGGUGAAGUUCGACGCGCGGGAGACGUGCUACCUGCUCAAGGGGAAGGUGAGGGCGCACAUCAAGGGGUCGUCGGAGUGCGUGGAGUUCGGCGCCGGCGACCUCGUCGUCUUCCCCAAGGGGCUGAGCUGCACCUGGGACGUCGUCGCCGCCGUCGACAAGUACUACAAGUUCGAUUCGUCCUGACGCGCCUCCCACCCCACCCCUCUCGCCCAAUUCGGUGACUAAUUCGCUCUCGCUCGCUCGCUUUCUGAUUACUUCGGUGACUGUGCUUAGCCUCAUUUCUGUAGCUAAUUUGCCUAGAUAAUUAAUUAAGCCCGUGCCUAAUUUCUUCUCUGCGUGUGUAAAAAAAAAUGGUGUGUGAGGUGGAAGGAGGGAGGGGGACAUCUAGCCCCUGAGUAGGCUAGUGGUUAUUCAGGAGCCCCAAAAACCGGUCAAUGCAGGGGCUGUUCAAAGUAUUCAUGUUUAUUCCUC